GUUUGCAAACUACAAGAAAUUUACGCCUACAGUACUUACUCGUUGAAGAACGGGCUGAGUUGUAGAAGCAAGUGGAACUACUACAAGCGGAACCAGACUCGAGGAAAGGUAAGGACGGACUCUACUUACCUAGUUUAGUUUCAGGAUAUUGAUUCUGGACAAAUUCCUUGGCGCAGGGGUUCGUUACACUUGGAACUGAGUCCACCAGUUGCAAAUGGUGUGAUGCAGAGCUACUAAGAACAUCUUCAAACAAUCGCUUUAGAUACUCUUACUCUGAAAACCCUUAUUAAUUACAAUGAGGCAGCAGCGGUGUGGAAGGUUCUUGACGAAGCUCGUGGUCACGUUACGCAUGACAAACUGCAAAUGCUCUUGAUUUUUUCACAUCAAAAUUAAUCUGUAUGAUCAGGCACACACGGAGUUUUUUUUCCCCACUGGAGCAGCCCUCGCUGAAGAAGAAGACCGGGUGAAGGUGAAUUCCUUGAAAAAUCAAAAUGACGAAGCGUCUUCGAUCUUCGAUUCGUAUGCAUUGCAAAAGUAUAAUCGUACUAGUAGGAAUGCAAAUUUUUCCUGAAGAAAAAAUGGAAUUUGUAAUGCUGAAUGAGCUAAGAAACCAGAUCCAGAUUUGUCAUGCAUGGCUGCAAUUGCUACGUGUGUGAUACUUUUGCACAUGAUAGCUCGAGCGGGCCCGAGGCGGAAUCGUCGUCGGAAAAACCGCAAGCGUAGCAGCAAUAUCCACUGCAAAUAUAAUGUCUGGGUCUGGGAACUUGUGAUGCUGCCACAUGCGUCACGAACUGAUUCCAAUACGCAGCCACGCAUGAGAAAUUUCUGAGCGGUUAUUGUGUGCGCAGCCCGCAUGAAGACAAACCCCGUGUUUACAUGACAGAGGAUUGGCUUUGCCGCGAACGCUAUCCCACAACAUGCAUAUACAGAGUUCAGGGGUAUGCGAGUUCAGCAAUAUUACAUGUCUCACAGUGCUGUUCCAGACCCAGACAUAUUUGCAAUGCAUAAGUAAAGCUUCGGGUAAGAGGAACUGCCAGUACGGCGGGAAAAGAACGGGCGGGGGACGGAAGAACGGACGGGGCAAAAAUGGAAACAAGGCCGUUCCUGCGAGCACGGAAGCACAAACUGGAACCGAGCACCCGCUCGCCGACGAAGCGGAGAAGGAGCGCAGCGGCGGCCAUCAAGUCGGCACCUCCUCCUUUCCUUGCGCGCGGCGAUCAUCUACUUCUGUGGUUAUUGUAGCAGCCGACGCGCAGCAAAGUGCAAUCCAGCACGAAGAUGUUGAAGUUCUUUCGGCGCAGAACAAACAGCAAGAACACCGAGUCGCCCGCACGACUGUUCACAAACCUUCCACAAACUCUCUGCCAUGCAGAGCGAAGUUAUGGGAGUUCAUUCAGUUUGUGAUGCUAGAUAUUGGCAGCAGAAGAGAAAUAGAGACGCAGAGGCACGAGAAAAAAAACGCGUAGUUCUCAAUGACAGAAAUAUAAGAAUGGCACCAAAUACUACCGAAGCGCAAAUGUAGAUUUACUUUAUUCCACUGGUAAUGUAUGGGAUUGCUUUUCUGUAGAAUAACUCUCCGGCGGCCGAACAAAGGCAACAAGGGUGCCGGCAGCCCAAUAUCUGGUGGAAGUGGGGAUUUACUCGACGACCCGGGCUUGGCGAAUCAUGUGGAGCUUCCAGAGGAUUUGUCAGGGCGCAACGCGGCGCGACAGCAGGCGGGCGCGAGUAAAACGAGAAAGCGACGGCGGAGAAAACGGCGCAGCUCGUCUUCGUCUACGAACACCGCUUCGUCUUCUUCUACUGCUUCGAACGAUUAUAGCAAGGAAACCGUGGAUGACGAGAAAAGCGCCUCGACCGUUUUGGAGAAGGAGGCGACGGGAAAGAAGAAGGCUGCGGAAAUCAAGAACGACGAAAAGCACCAGCGCAUUGGCAGUGACAAGCACGGGAGAAGUUCUUCGACUUCUUCUAAAGGCGGUUGUUGGGUUUCAGAUGACCAGCACACCUGCGCGGAUCCGGACGCGAAGCAACCGGCACAGACACUGGCGGAAAAUCGCGAAACCUCCAGUGCUACUGCGUCUCCAUUUGAGUUUCUCAAAGAUGAGGUGGAAAAAGCUCCAUCGUCACACCCGGUGCUGCCCGACGAGGAAAGCAGCAGUGCCGGUUUUGCCCAGAAGGUGGAGGGACCGCCUGGGGAUGAGCAAGAGCGCGGCCACCGUACGACGGCGAGACACAACGAAAGCGGCGACGCAGUCGCCUCUGCUUUUGCCACCAAAGAAUGAAAGCGUCGUUGGUACACAGCAGCGCGCCGGGAGAACGGUUGGCGGUGUCGCGGAGCAAAAUGUCGGCCAGGCGAGAAAAGGCGGGGACGUUGCGCCAGGAAGCCAAGUUGAGAGCGUCGCCGCCGAGGCGGGCCGCCCGGUAUUGGGCUUAUCGCGCGAAGCCUCGGCGGGCCGAAGCCCGCCUGCCGGCACACAAGAGGCCGGCCAUGCGCCCGUGUUGCCGCCCACGACAAGUGAACAAAACGGCCUCGACCGGGAGGGCGGAGUGCCGGCGUUGAUGAGUGGAGAGGAAAAGUCCGUUUUUGUGGAAAAGGAAUCCCAAGGCCAUGUCGAAGAGAAACAACAAGAAACGCCGAAGCGACAGAAGAACAAGAGUGGAGGAGGGAGUAUCGGCUCAACCAUUUUAGGCGCCAGUACCCCGGGCGCACAACCAAAGGAAGACGCUAUGGGAGCUGCAGGCGGGUGGGGUCCGUCGAGUUGGGGUGGGAUGAGAUUUGUGUUCUUGUGGUCGGUGCUGCUUAAUAAGCGGCACCCACCCGCCGGCUGGGCGGGUGGAAAGUAAUCUUAAUUUGUUACCCCGCUCGAGAAUUUUAUUUUGCAGCGCGAAUGCAGCAGGACGGCCAUAGAAAGCAACGGUCUCUGCAGGACGCGCCUGAGCAAAUAAGUAAAUGAGGACAAAUAAAUCCGGACUCCGGCAUAAAACUUGUGUGGCCUUCCGCCCUGUGACUGUGUCUGUGCGAAUAUUACAGGUUGUACUACAGGAAUCUCAACUGCACUCUUAGAUCUCAACGUUGAGACCUCACAGCUCAACGUUGAGAAAUAUAUCGCAACGGCCGGCACACGAAAUCGAUGCCGCCUGCUCCACUGGUUUAGGGUUUCGGGUUUGGCGGGUUUGGGGUUUAGGGUCGUCGGGUGCCCUGCCCGGCGAUUCUCUUCUUUCGUCCUUGUGUUGUGCCAUCCCGGCGCGCGUGCUCCCGCUGCGCCUUGUGCUUUUCUAAUUCAUUGCGUGGCCCUCCUUUCCUGUCCGGUCUGCUGCUCUGCUUUUUCCAUGGGGCGGCCGCCUUUUGCGCCGGUGAGUUCUUGGCCGUGUUUUUCGUUGAGACCAGUCGUUGAGGUCAUCGGAAAGUCGUUGAGGCCUAUCAGGCCGUUGAGAUGCACUCGUUGAGACGGAUUCGCGUUUUUACAAGAGUGAUUUCGCAAGUUUUCGCUCGUGUUUUAACAUAAGGCCGUGCAUAGUAUUGAGAUGAAACCGUUGAGAUUCCUGUAUAACAACCUAUAUUAUAUAUCAAAACAACCCACCCGGCAGGGAUUUGGGGUAGUUUCGUUUCAGCCCCCCAGCCAUUUUUUGUGUGGUUGCCUGCACCCACUGCAGAAGUUGCCAGAAGGCAGGCCCAGAGGCAUUCGGGCCGAGCAGCAAGGGGCGCAAAGUGUGAUCUGCAGUGGACGACCAUGAAUGCCAUUCCCAAACCCAAUGACUUUGCUUACGGAAGCAGUGCAGGCACCGGAGGUUGCGGCCAGUCUUCAGCAUGUAGCCUAGUGUAGUUCUGGUGCCUUGCUGUGUUUUUGAGGUUUGACACACACCUGGCCAAUGCGUGUGGCGGGCGGCCCGUGUCGCGAAACGAGGCCUGCCUGAAAAUUCGCGAGCGCCCACAGCCCCGCCGCAAAUUGCUCCUCCGUGGCCAGCGCAUUGUUUUUUUGGGGGCAUAAAAAGGGCGCAGCGUGUUGCCAUUUCGAAAAGAUAAAGAGGUUGGCCUGCGGCAGGCGGUUGGGAGUUCCGCCGAGAUAGCAUGCGCGCGCCGUUUCAGCAACAGGAAUGUAUGAAACGGCCCGGCGCCGCGGAGGACUCACGAAAAAGAAAAAAAGCUACAUGGCUAACAAGCUGGCAAGCACAUGCUAGGUGCCCUGCGCCGCUCCAGGGUGGGAAGGCCCAUCCCGACCGACUUGGCAACAACAGUUCAGGGCGGGGCGGGGGUUGAAGCUUUCGCCCCCAGGGCGAAAGCUUUCGCGUACACCGGGAGUGGCGGCCGCGAGCCUGAUCAACAAAAAUGAAAGGCAAGGGCGCGGCCUGGGGCUCGAAGUAUUGGGCUCCCCAAAUGUUGCUAGCUGCCUGCGAUGUUCCGUCAGCUGCAACGAAAGGCCGUGGGGCGCCUGGGCUCACGGGGCUGAGUCGCCUCGACAGUCUAUGAAACUACGCGCGCGCGGACGGCCCCUCUUUGUUGGGUUGCCUGUGUUACUUUUUCGAAAACGUGUUGCGCGCGCUUCCGCCUGUACUUGUUUGCGCAGUCAGACAGCCAUGGCGCCGCUUCUUUGCCCGGUGGGGGUGGGGCCCCGUUGAAGCUCAACGGGGCCAGGAGGUGGAAGGAGAGUGAGAGGACGGGCGGACAACUCGCCCGGCGUGGCCCCUCGCCGUAGAAGGGGCCACUGGCUUGGCUACGUUCUCACUCGAUGUGGUUGGCAGCCGCCAUCCUUUCGAGCUAUGCAGGACAAAUCCCCCCCCGACUAAUUCCGAACAGCACCCAGCCGACCUCUGCAUAACCAAAAAAAAGAGUGUGGCAGCAGCCGCACUUAUCGAGAGGAAGAUACGCCCGAUGUAUGUGUAUGACAAGGAUCGCGGCCUAGAGAACCUGGGUAGGUCAGUCUAUGCAAACCACGUCCAAUGUCUUGCGAAUCCGCUUUUUGAGCCGGCCUCAGUAACAAUAUUGGAAGCCAUGUGGUGCCCAAUUCAACCGGGCGCCACAUUGCUUCCGAAACAGGCGGGAAGAAGGGUGGCGCAUCACUUCGUCCGGGCGCAGUGGUGGGUGAACGACGCGGCACGUCCGGCCAAACCGUUUGGUUCUCACCUCUUGCGCAAAGUCUUCGGCGAGAGCAAAAGCUCUCCCAGCUACAAAUGGAGGCGGCAGCAAGUUGCGCACUAUGAAUGGGCGGGAGGUGGGUACCUUAUCGAGUUCGAGCAAGAGCCUCCGUCUCCUCCUAUACCCUUGCGCGUACGCGAUAGAAUUGAACAAGGACCGCAGUCAACCUAUUGCGUCGAGACCAACUGGGGGGAGGGACCAAGGGAGCCAUUUAGCGAGGGUUCUGUCGCCUUUGCUGCCGGUUUAGACAGGCUGGCCUUUGAGAACGAAAUCCUAGGCAUCCCGCCUGUCGGGGCCAAUCUUCUCCCUCCAGCAUACCGCCAACCAAAAAACGCCUUCCAAGAAAUCUACCCCGAGCACUCGACGGCAGUUGGAAUAGAUAGGAAUUUACCCCGAGCACCUGGACAAGAAACCGCCGAAGACGUUUAUGGUCCGUUGGGAUUGCCAGGACUUUCCGGAGAGAACGCAAAGAAUUGCCAGGACUUCACUGGUGCCGUGCUAAACCUCUUUAAAGAACCCCUCGGGAAGGCCUUUGAAUUUCAUUAUAAGGAAGGGGUCGGCAUCCGUGACUCUGGGACAUAUGAGAACAGGGAAGCUCAGCCCCUUGCCAACAAAAAAUUGUGGCAUUUUUAUAAGACUGUUGUUAGGCCGAACAAUAGGUCUCUCCAUCAAAGGUAGAAGUAUAUUGGCGCAACACGUUGAAACUAUGGGCACAAGGAUGAAGAGGCCAGCCCUCUUAUCCGCCUUGUGCAUAGGGAUCAUAGCUUUAAGCAAGCGCCAUUUUUCAUUUUGUUUUUCGCUUUCUUAGGGCCGUCUUCACUUACAGUGCGGCCAAAUAACAUUGGCCGAUAAAGGUUGAAUUGUUGAGCGAGUGGCAAAAAAGCUAUACCCCCCUCCUUGUUUUUGUUAAUGGCAUUUAGCAUCGGUUUUGUUAAUGGCAUUUAGCAUCGGUUUACUACGUUGAAAUAAAGGACACAGACAAAAUUUUAAAAUUUUGCUAGAACGAAUUCAGAAUUAUUUUAUGCUGCAGCUGCGCCGUCGGUUUGUCCACGGGACUGAGUGCGCAGGUACAGGUAACGGGUACAGGUAAGUGGAGUGGAGGCAGGUACAGGUAAGCGGGGACGCACAGCACCACCAGCGGCUGGUUGUUUUUCUGAAUUUUUCUGAAUAUGCAUUUGAAAUAGCUAGAUUAAAAAUGUUUUUUUUGCAGGCGCUUUUCAUGCAUAUGCAUUUUAAUUUUUAAACAAUACGUGGUAAAACUAGAAAGGUAGAUGCUAAAGUAUUCUAGAACCCGAAAUGUAAGUAAUUUAGCCUGCAGCUAAGGGAGCCAGUUCAGAUAGUCCGAAGCGAAGGGUCCAGCUCUUUUCUGGCACCAGAUCCGGAAGCAAUUGCGAGCGGUACUGGGCACCGGAGUGCUCAUGUUGCACCAUCUAGGAACGACUAUGACACCCACCUACUGGCAGCCCUCCUCUAGCCAUUCUGAUUCAUGCAAAAGAACGCAAAAUUAUGACUCUAAACACCUAUCUUUGAAAAAUACAAGACGACGUAUGCGAGAAAGCGAUACUUCAAGUACUGGAGUCCGAGGUUCUAAAUCCUAGACCCUGCGUCAUGGUUUGAAGUGUGUUCCAGUCAAGCAAGAUUGUAGUACUCGUGUGUGGUUGAUAUUCGCAGCGCAGUUUGGUGUUGUUGUUGGAGCAAACUUGUAAUGAAAACUCUACAGCGCUGUGACGAAAGAAAUAAUUUGGAUCUCAGACCAUGAAAGACAAUCUCGAGAUGAAAGAGCGUGCGUUCUGUCAAACUGCCUUCUGUUUUGUUUGUUGAAAUUUUUUUGUGAUGUUGGGCAGCGUCUGGCUUUUUUUUAGGCAAAUAACUUCUGACUCAUACUUGUUUCACAGGACCUUUCAAAAUAUUCUGACUUCAAAUAUUCCCGUAGGGUUUUCGAGCGAGAGAUAAGACUUAUACUUGAAACAACUGCACCCUCUGCCGCCACUACUUUUACCCAAAACCUCCACCAUGGCGAUUGUUUACACUCAGGCCCAGAUAAGAGAGGCGAUUACUUAUCUAAUAGGGCAUCCAGCCCAAGUACCACCAGCCCUCGCAGAUACCUUUAUUUACCCAAUGCAAAAAUAUUUUGAUGCACAAAAUUGCAGUCAUGCAGAAGAGCAAGCUUAUUCUUUGCAUACUUGUACUGCGAUAGCUUGCUGUGGGAAUGCAAAAAGACGUCGCGCAAUUUGUGCUAUUCUAUUAUUUUUGCAAUGCAUAUUUGCCAAACCUACAACAACUUCCGUGAGGCGAACCGUGGUAAUCGCGUUGUGCUUAAUGAAGGCCGCCUCAAUCCCGCCGGUACUUUUUUUCAAUAUGAUUGCUGUAAGGUGAUGCAGUGAGUAUGUGGUUGCCUUCGCAUGCUUUGAUAAUUUUCCGCAAAAAAUCUUCAGACUGGCGCCGUCUUUUGAUUCAAGUGCUGAUCCGG